AUGACAGGGGUACCUGCCGCGCCAGAGAAUGCUGUCGACACCGAGGAUACCGACGUUCCAGUCAAAGAAGACAUCAAACCUACCACUAUACCUGAGAUACCCAUAUUAUCUCAACUACCAAGCUUGUAUAUCGACAAACAAAGUGCCAGUAUAUCCGGAUAUACUCCUGGAUCUAUUACUCCUGGGUACUCCGGAACCAACACGCCCGCUGCUGCCCGCGAAAACUAUUUUGAAAAUGCAUUCGAAUCAAGCGGAAAUAUAGCAAGCUCACAUCCCGACACACCCCGUCUUAAACGCAGGCUAGCGCUAUCUUUCUUUGGUUUCUUCUGCGCUGGGUGGUCAGAUGGAAUCACCGGAACCGUACUACCUCGUUUUGAGGAAACUUAUCACGUCGAUUAUCUCACAGUCUCGCUACUUUUUGUCGCUUCAACCGUCGGUUUUGCGAUUGGAACCGCUAUCAUAGAGCCACUGUUCAAUGGGCUCGGUAGGUUCUCCCUGGCCGCCCGCCAUCGCCGUUAUUUCCCUGUAUUUCCAUCGCAUAUAUCCAGAGUUCAGACCGGUGUCUCACUCUCUCAGGGACGCUGUGGUGUUCUUUUCUUUGGUGGGCUGUCCCAAGCCAUCUACUUCACGAUCGCUGCAGCAAAAGCACCGUUUCCCGCUAUGAUAAUAGGAUUUGGAUUUUCUGGUAUUGGUAUUUCAUUGUUGAGUGGUCAAUACAACGCGUUUGUUGCUGCACAAAAGUCUGCGGGAAGGUAUCUCGGGGCUGAAGAUAUCGAGCUUGAAGGACACGGCAAUGAUAGUGGAGAAACGACUGUCUCAGGCUCUCCGCAUCGGCACUCAAGAUCACGAAGCGCUGGAGAGAGAAGUGCCAUGAGGAUGACUUUGACUUCACCUAUCGUAUGGAUAUUUGCUAUUUUCUUAUGUACUUACACAGGGAGCGAAACAACAACCGGAGGAUGGAUUGUUUCGUUCCUUUUGAAAGAGCGCAACGCUGAUCCAGACACCGUUGGUUAUGUUGCAAGUGGUUUCUGGGGUGGACUCGCUGUUGGCCGCCUCCUCCUUGGACAAAUGUCUCCAUAUAUUGGUCUUAAGCGCGAGAAACACCUCGUACAUAUCUACAUCGGCGUUGCGUUGUUGAUGACAAUCCUUGUCUGGAAAGUGCCGUCAUUUGUGGGAAAUGCGUUUUGCACCGCAAUUGUUGGAUUUGUUUUAGGUCCGAUUUUUCCUACGAGCCUUUCAUUGGCCACCAAACUCCUUCCAACCGAGAUCCAUAUGACCGCAUUGGCUACAAUGUCAAGUUUUGCUAGCAUAGGUUCGGCCCUCUACCCCUUUGUAACGGGUGUCCUUGCGAAUGCAAAAGGGGUGGCGGUUCUUCAACCUAUGAUGCUUGGUAUACUAUCCGUAAUGGCUGGCUUAUGGUGUUUCUUCCCUACUCGGAGUAUUACAUGA